AUCGAAAUGUUAUCAUCGACUUCCACUUCAAGUUCUCCAACUGAUUUCGAAUCACUUCAAGAUUACUUAUCAACUUUAAAUGAAUUCCAAUCGAUUGAUAGAACAGAAUCACUUUAUUCUGAUUUCUCAACUUCAAGUCAAUCGAAUCCAGCUGGCUAUUCCAUCAAUCUAACCACUUGGUCAAACAUCAUCUAUCAAUUCCUUCGUUUAGGUUUACAAUCCAUUCAAUCAAGUCAAUCCACUGAUCGAUUAGUCUUACAUGUCAACGAUCGUCUACUUGAUGAUUUCAAAAGACCUGGCAUAGGAAGACCUUUUGGACUUUAUAUUCCAAUCUCUUCACUUUCGAAUCAUGAACCCAUCACCCUUUUUCGUUUAUCUGACUUUAUGUCCCUCAAUCGUCCUAUUCAGACAACUUCUUCUUUACCUUAUUCAAUCCUUUCAACUGUUUUGAAAUCUUUAUUACAUACCGUCACAGGAUCUUAUUUUGAUCCUGAUCAAAGAUUACAACAACUUGAUCUAAAUCAACGUUGGGAAACUGUCAAAUCAGAUUGGGUUCAUUUACAACUAGUUUCAGAAGCUGCUGAUUUAGUUAUAGAACGUUAUAAAACUACAUCAGCUACUUUUUCACAACUUGAUCGACUUUUCACACUUGAUCAAUUCAAACUCGAAUUCACUUCAAAUCUAUUCAAUCAAUCCAAGAAGAACUCAACAUUUUCUUUAACUGAUACCACCAUCUUAUUAAAAUAUUUACAUCGAGAUCGUCGUGUUUUAGUAUUUGAUGGUCAAAUUAUUAAAUUUUUAUCACCUGAAUACCUUACAUCAAAUGGUUAUGCAACCAUCACACCACCAAGUUUAACAGAAACAGAUACAGGUAUAAUUUCAGUACGAGAAACUUUAAAUCGACUCAACCAACAAAUCUCAUCGAUCGAAAAACGUAUUCAACAACAGACAGAUCAAGCUAAACAAUAUCUUACAAACUCUCGUAAAGAAUUAGCUAGUUCUUGUUUAAGAAUCCGAAAAUCAUUAAACGAAUUACUUACACGUAGAUUAGCAACGCUUGAUACACUUCAAUCAGUAUACAUGAAGAUCGAACAAGCCAGUUCAGAUGUCGAAAUCAUGACAGCAUAUGAAAAAUCAUCAAGUACACUUAAAUCAUUACUUUCUAAUCCUAAACUCAAACUAGAAAAUGUAGAAAGAACUGUCGAAGAUUUACAAAGUUUAGUUUUAAAUGAAAAUGAGAUCAAUGAAGUGAUCAAUGGAGAAAUGAACAAUGAAAUCAAUGAAGAUGAAAUUCAAAUCGAACUAGAAAACUUGGUGAACUUAGAAACAAAAGGAAAUGAAGUUGAAGAGAUGAAGACUUUAGAGGAAAGGAUGAAAUCGUUAAGUGUACCUGAAGUUAUGGAAGAUCAGAGUAGUCCGAUUAAACAAACAGAGUCUAGAAGCGAAAAGGUCUUGAUUGAAUCAUAAGAGGUUUUCUAGGUUUAGUGAUUUGUUUAGGUGUUUUGGGGCUUAAGACAUUUAAAGGUGAUGGAAUGAUCAUCAAUACCGCAUGGUCCACAGUGUAUUUUGUACGUUAUUAUAUGAUGAUUGUGAAGCUCAAGAUCUCAUUGUUAUGUAGUGAGUCUUGAAAUCAGAUUGGAGCAUGGAGCACUAUAAAUCUUU